CACCUUUCGUCUUUAUUCCCUUCACAAACAAUCAAUAAACCCCACAACGUCAAAAUGCCCGGCAACAGCGGAAACCGUACGCCUUCCUCACCCUCCCUCGCCCCCUUCCCCCCGCUCCCCUACCCAAAACUAACCCAUCCCUCCCCCAACCAAACAGAAGGCUCAAACCCCUUAAACAACAUCUCGGACCAAUUCAACAAAGCCACCGGCAACGCCAAGGACACCUUGAACAACGCUACCGGCGGUCUUGGCGACAAGACAAACAACGCUACCUCCGGCGGACAGAAUGUGUCGAAUAAGUUUGGUAAUGCGACGGGGAACUUGAGACAGCAGGCUAGGGAUUUUAUUGGGAACAUUACUGGGGGGAACAAAUAGGUGGUUAGCGUGUAUGUGAUAUAUGAGGGGUACAUAUGGGCAUUUGUGUCCUGUAUCUAUAAUCACAAGAUACAAUAAUUUGAUACCUACGGAUACUUGGUAGAUGUGAGAUGUGAGAUGUAUAGCCGUUUUCGUGUAUACCAGC